AUGAAGCCAGCAGAGAUCAGAUUCUCUCUACAGAGACCUCUACAGCACAGAGAUCCAGACAUGGCACCUACAAUCACAGCAGCAAUGACCGAUUCUCAGGAGCAUCUGACUCUGACCCACAAGCUCAGAAAGCCUCUGGUGGAGAAGUUACGCAGAGAGCGAAUCAACAGCAGCAUUGAGCAGCUCAAGUCUCUCCUGAGUCCAGAGUUCCUCAAACAGGAGCCAGACUCCAAGCUGGAGAAAGCAGACAUCCUGGAGAUGACAGUUUGUGUCCUGAGACGGCUGCAGCAGCAGAAUCAACAGCAGAGAAGACUGCUGAACCACAUCAACAAGCUGCAGUCUUCCUCUGAUAACAACCUGAGAGAGGCUGACUUCUCUCUUCUGAGCUCCACAGUCCAGACCAGCAUCACCAAAGAGAAGAGUCCAGUCAACAGCGCCGUCUGGAGGCCGUGGUAGACACC